AUGGCGGCACCGCAGCUUGUCCGGAGCAGAAGUGGAAGCGCGCCAGCCAUAGCCAUAACGGCCAACGACAGAUCUUCACGGAGGUCGUCGGUCAGCUCGAGUAGCGAAAGAUUUAUCAGCGGCAAUAACCGUUCAAAGUCAACAUCAUCAAGAUCGUCAAGAACAGCGCAAAGUAGCUCGGGUGCCACGUCACCAGGCAUGAUGAAGAAGGUGCCUUCUGCGUGGGCGAUGUCGCCGGGAAGGUCAUCUCUUGGAUCCCAAUUUAUCGCAAAUGUGUCUGAGUCGCCGGCAAAAGCCAAUGGUGGCGGCGGCGGCAGGCGAAGCGUGACCAGCAAGGUGUUGAAUUAUUUGAAGCAAAGAAAAUCUUCGCCAAUUGAAGAAGAAGGAUACCAUAGGUUUAAAAUUUUGCAUAACAGGCUUCUACAGUGGCGGUUUAUCAAUGCUAGAGCUCAAUUUGCCAUGGCUCGUAUCAAAACUGUAGCCGAGAUGCAACUCUUUUCUGUAUGGCUUCGAACUCUCCGGAUAAGAAAGGCGAUAAUAGAAAAGAAAACUGAAUUACAAAAUGUCAAACAUUUGAUCAAGCUUUAUCAAAUAGUGAUUCCGCAACUUCCCUUUCUUAAUGAAUGGGCAAAAUUGGAGAGAAGAAAUCAAGAAUCAGUUGGGAGAUUGGAGAGGAAGUUGGUAGCACUAUCCAAUACAUUGCCUUUGUCUAACUAUCUUAAGGUUGACACUGUGUCUGUCUCUGAAGUUUUGAACACUGCCAUUGACUACAUGAGUGCAUAA